AUGGCUACAGAGCAUGAUAGGAACAUGUUUGUGAUGAUAGGAAAGAGGGGAGGUGUGUUUGGUGAAUUUGUGUCAGUGAUGGAAGGUGAUUCUGUCACACUAAACACGGAUGUUACUGAAAUACGUGAAGACGACGACAUACUGUGGAAAUUUGGAGCUGAAAACUCUCUCAUAGCUAAAAUCAGCAUUGAGAAUCACAUUUUCUCCAUAUUAGAUGGUCACAGUGGGAGAUUCAGAGACAGACUGAAGCUGGACGAUCAAACUGGAUCUCUGACCAUCACAAACAUCACAACUCAACAUGCUGGAGACUAUAAACUACAAAUAAAGGGAGCAAAACGGUCAGCAAAAACAUUCAGUGUUUCUGUCUAUGCUCGUCUGCCCACUCCUAACAUUACCAGAGAUUCAUCAUCAUCAUCAUCAUCAUCAUCAUCAUCAUCAUCACAGCAGAAUUGUUCAUUGGUGUGUUCAGUGGUGAAUGUGGGUCAUGUGACUCUCUCCUGGUACAAAGGAAACCGUUUAUUGUCCAGCAUCAGUGUGUCUGAUCUCAGCAUCAGUCUCUCUCUACCUCUGGAGGUGGAAUAUCAGGAGAAAAACAGCUACAGCUGUGUGCUCAACAAUCCCAUCAGCAACCAGACCAGACAUCUGGACAUCAGCAAAAUCUGUUACACACGUUCAGUUCAGACUCUUAACAGACAGAUCACUUACGCUAAUCCAACAUUCCACAAAAGAAACGCACAGAAAUGGAAUGCUGAAGUGGAAAAUCAUGUGGAGUAUACAUCUGUUGCCAUAUGA